AUGCCAACUUCAUCUCAAGAAGCAAAAACCUUGACAGUGAUCCCAUCAAGUUUGAAGAAGACAGUUUCAUCAGUUGUUAAUUCUACCAUCGAGAUCCCUCAUACCUUUGAGCAACUAAUUAUUCACACCCUUACUAGAAAUUUUCGGAAUGCUACACGUACAGUGCGCGCACCAUUGAAAUUGCCGAUUAAACCAGAUCAUGUUCUCUUAAAAAUCAUAUAUGCUGGAGUCAAUGCAGGCGAUGUGGAAUAUAGUAAUAAUGGUUACUUGAGUGGAACCAAAGAAGAAAUCAGCUCUAAACUUCCAUUUUAUCCUGGACUUGAGGUUGUAGGGUUAAUUGCUUUAGUGGGUGAUGAGGUUAAAAAUCUAAAAGUCGGCACUCCAGCAGCAAUACUUAAUAUGGGAGCUUAUUCUGAAUUUACCAUGGUACCCUCAGAACUCAUUAUUCCUGUUGAAUCACCCUACCUUGAAGUUGUUGCCAUGCUUGCUUCUGGACUUACUGCAUCCAUUGCUCUAGAGGCAUCACACAUGGAGUCUGGAGAGACAGUUCUUGUCACUGCUGCUGCAGGAGGAACCGGACAAUUUGCAGUUCAACUGGCAAAAUUAGCUGGAAACAAAGUAGUUGCAACCUGUGGAGGCAAGGAUAAGGCUAUAUUUCUAAGGGAUUUGGGAGUUGAUCGAGUCAUCAACUACAAAGAUGAAUCUGUAAAAGAUGUUCUUAAGAAUGAAUUCCCAAAAGGGGUUGAUAUUGUUUACGAAUCUGUUGGUGGUGACAUGUUUGAUUCAUGCUUCGAUGCGUUAGCAACUUUCGGGUGA